AUGGAUGCAGCUACAGCAACUGAAUCCAAGCCAUUCUCGGACAGUACAUCAGAAAAUAAGGAUAGAUUGGAUGAAUCUGAAUACCCAAAGUCACGAUCUUCCAAAUUCCGCUUCAAAUCAUCGAGAUCAAGGAGCCAUCAUUCGAAGCACGAAGACCAUGAUGACCGCCAUCGCCAUCGGCGUCGUCACCACCAUCGUCAUAAAUCCCAGCAUUCGUCCAAACGCCAAAAGAUUGAUCAAGAUCCUCCGGCAUCGCCUGGUCACAAUGAGCGGCGGUCACUCUCGCCCGAUACAGCGUUCCGCGAAUCACUAUUUGAUGCGAUGGGCGAUGAUGAAGGGGCGGCAUAUUGGGAGUCUGUGUACGGCCAACCAAUCCACACAUAUGCCGUUCCAUCGGUCCCCAAGGGUCCCGACGGGGAGUUGGAGCGCAUGACAGACGAGGAGUAUACUGCCUAUGUACGAGCACGGAUGUGGGAACGAUCACAUGAGGGAAUAAUGGAGGAGCGCGAACGGCAAAGACGAGAAAAGGCCAAGGCAAAACAGCGUUCUGAAGCAGGGCAGCAAGCGGACAAGGAUCGUGCGCGAUUCAAUGAAGCUUUAGAGGAAAGCCUGCGGCGAGGCGAAAAACGGAGGCGCGCUAAGCUAUGGGAAACAACUUGGGAAAAGUACUUGAAAAGCUGGGAAGAGCUUAGUGCUUUGUCAUCGUCGGCAUCAAAGCCUCAAAAUGAGGAUGCGGAAGCUAAAAGCCAGUUCUUCAUAAGAAACCAUAUCCAUUGGCCCGUUGAUACUGGGAAACGACGCGAUAUUUCCCACGAAGCAGUAAAGGAGUUCAUGGAACAUGCCCCUGCCACUUCUGAAUCUUCAGCAGCACAUGAGGACUUACUAAGCACACUCAAGGCUGAGCGAAUACGCUGGCAUCCAGAUAAGAUGCUUCAUCGUUACGGAAGUCUGGGAUUGAAAGACGAAAAGGCGCUGGUGCAGAGCGUUACAGAAGUUUUCCAAAUCCUGGAUCAGCUAUGGAUUGAGGAGAAAGGACGGCGUUCCAAAGGCUAA